AAUGCACACACCGAAAUGCUCCGUAUUCAACAAACAUUGGAGAGCGAACGAGCUCUCGCUUUGGAUAAGGAAGAGAUUUUCAAGCGGCUUCAAUAUCGAGAAGCUGAACUCAGUGAUAAGCUGGCAGGCGCUUUGGAAGAUCAAGAAAAGCUCGAGGAUCAACUUGAUGA